AUGAAGAAUCUCUUAUCAGGUGUCAGUCAGGUUCGCCUCCCAAUCUGCUCCGAGCUCACCUUCGGCCGCCUACGCUGCCCAAGCGCACGUGACUUCAAGUCGAAGGCCCUCUUCGUUUGGUACGACUAUCUUUGCUGUCCUCAAGACCUGUCUUCCAUGGCCACCAAGCGCCGGAAUGGGGCCAUUCGCAGCAUCCCCACCUAUGUAGCAAGAUCUGAGUACUUCGUCAUCCUGUGCCCUCGGGUGGAGCACGUGGAUGAAGGGAAGGGGAUCGACCUCACAACCUGGGCUGAGAGGGGCUGGUGUCGGACUGAACGGCUCGCAAGGGAGCUCUCGGCAAGAAAGCAAGGUUAUAGCAUCGAGAUCGAAGGUCCCAUGCAGCAAGCCUUGAGCAUGGAUGUCUUGAGGAUUUUGGAGGCGCCGGGCCAAGGCCAUUGGUCUCGCGAGUCUGACAAGUCCAUCGUGGCGAGCGCAUUGACGCAGAUGAUUUGGAACAAGCUGUUUUACCUUCUUGAGCAAGGCGACGUGCACGGCUACAGGUUCCUGCUGAACCGUCAGCUGCCUUGCCUGUACCGUGGCCUGGACAUGGAUCCCGUCGAUGGCCUGGUUCCAGCUUUCACUACAGAGCUGGACCCCUUCGAGGAUGCCGAUGCUUUCGCCCUGGCCCGAUUUCUGCAUCAGAGUGGCUUCCGGACGCCCUUAGAGCGCAGAUCCGGUUGGUCGCCACUCUGCUUUGCGGCCAUGAACGGGAACCCAAUGCACGUGCGGGCACUUCUCGACAGAAAGGCAAAUCCAGAGGAUCGGAUCCGACGGUCGGAGGGAUCUCUUUUUCCCGCUCAAGUGGGCGCCCUUUCCAUAGCGGCUCGAUUCCACAACACCGAGGUCAUCGAGGUACUCUUGAAAGCUCGCGCAUCGCUUACACGUACAGACAGGAUCCAUGCUACUGCUGCGCAUUGGGCGAGCCUCGCAAACAAUCACACUGGCCUGCGCCUUUUGUGCCAAGCUCGUGCAGAUAUUCAACGACGAAAUAUUGUCGGCAUGGGCGUCUUUCAAGUUGCAUGUUCAAACGGAGCAGUCGACGCGAUGGCAGAGAUUCUGGCUCAGUCGCCCACGACAAGUUUGCGAUUCGGGUUGCACUGGGCACUGCUCUUCUGGGGCGCCUACGAAGCGCCGAUUCGCUUCUUGAUACGAGCGAACGCGAACUUGGAUGAGCCUUUCCACAUUCAGAUCCAGCACCAAUUGAGCCCAUCAAGUUGGACCCUGCUGGCGUUUCAUCACAAGUGGGCGACACCCUUGAUGUUUGCCAUCCUGACCCGCAACUUCGAGAGUGCCUCUCUCCUUCUCUCGACCCGGGCAUCUCCGCAUCUACGAAACUCUCGCAAGACAUCCGCGCUGGAUCUUGCUCAAGCUCUCGAUGCACCAGCGCUCUUGGUGGAGGCCUUGGGAGGGCCAAGGCCUCCGCAGGCCUCUGAUGACACGCCGGAGGAUUGCUUCUUCAUUUGA